GAACACUCAGAGUUGCAGUGCUUCCUUCUGCAGGAGGCCAUGAUUCUGGCCUGGUCAAGGCUCAGCCCCCACUGUAUUGUAUGACUUCCUUCGCUGCCUGCUCACGAGGCUGAGUCGGGGUCCCGAACAGGGCUAACUUUUUAAGCCUCCUUUGAGGGUCAUUCUUCAAGAUGGCUCUGUCCCUUCCCCCUUGACUUUGAAAAAUUUCCUUCAAUCGACUCUAUAUAUUCUAGAUUUAUACCUCGAGGUCCUCCAAAGUACCACCAAAGAGAUUCUGUGCCGAACUCGUUAUGGCUCGGCGAACAAAGGCGGAAUUUCUCCCCGCCCAACCCCCGGCCGACGCUCAAUGCCACCGCAUCGACUUUACCCAGUCCGACCCACCGCUGCCUGAAUACAAGGACCUUUGCGCUGCAGUCAUUGACAAUGCGUUCACCAAGGAGGAAUGCGACGAGCUUCUUCGUCUAGCCGAGGCCAGCACCGUCCCGUCAACAAAGCCCGGGGACCGGACCGCCGCCGCUGCCGCCGCCGCCGAACCCACCUGGGAGCGCGCCAUGAUCAACCUGGGGAACGGCAAACAGGCGCUCGCGGUGGACACCCGCAACUGCGGGCGGAUCAUCUACGACUCGCCUGAAUUGGCCGACAAGUUGCUGGCCCGGUUGCGGCCCUUCUUACAGGAGCUGGGGGGCAUCGAGGUGAUCGACAACCAGCCCCGGGUGACAGGCCUGGCCGGUCGCAACGCCGUCUACCGACUCACCCGUCUUAACGAGCGACUGCGCUUUCUAAAAUACGAAGGGGGGGAAUACUUCCGGCCGCACUGGGAUGGACACUACCGGACGCCGGACGGGCGCGAGACCUCGUACUACACGGUGCACCUCUAUUUGAAUGGGGAUGGGGAGCAGGAUCGCGCGGAACUGACGCGGGAGAUGAAGCGCCUGGAGAAAGGCGAGGGCGUUGUGAAUCUGGACACGAAGGGAUCUCUGCUGGGCGGUGCGACCUCCUUCCUGCCUCGGUUCGAGGAGAAGGAGCGCCAUCUUCGCAUCUUUCCCCGGACGGGGUCGGUGCUGGUGUUUCAGCAGAAUGAUUUGCUGCAUGGCGGGGAUCCUGUGAUACGUGGGGUCAAGUAUACGAUGAGGACGGAUAUCAUGUAUCGAAGGGAUUGAUUGAGCGGUGGUGGAGAUUGAACUGCGAGGCCAGUCAUGGCUUGUGGGACGGAUGAAGGG